UUUAUUGUGGAUUACACUGCAAAGUAAAACACCGUCUUUUGAGUUGGAAUGCUGAGUGAGGUUUUCAAUCAUGAGCAAUAUCAACAGGAAACCCUAAGCUGGAUGCUUAAUUUACAAAACAUCCACACGAAACCCUAAAUUGUACAUUUCCUGCUAGAGGUGCUUUCUGUCGAAGAUUUGCGUGGCAAGUGGGAAUGGUGAAACGGAGCCCAAGUUGCUCAAGAUUGACGGGUUUUUGGCUGAAAGAUCGUGGGUGGAAGGAGGAAGUGGGAGGCUGCUGUCUUCCACUGAUGGGUCGUAAAGGGAUGCCGGAUGCCUUGCGCAGCUCGUAAGCUCGUCAAUGCUCGUGUAGGAAUCGAGUGCUCCCGUCUGCCACUGUCUGCUGCCUAGCGGCUGGUUCGCGAAGAUGGUGUGGUUUCAGUGUGAUGACUGUGGUGAGAACCUGAAGAAGCCUAAGUUGGCGAGUCACUUCAAUAGAUGCUCGGCGCACAAGCUGUCUUGUAUCGAUUGUGGAGUGGUGUUUGAUCAACACAGCGUGCAGGCCCAUACAUCGUGUGUCUCCGAAGUGGAGAAAUAUGGGCCCAAAGGCUUAAAUAAAGCAGCGAAUCCAGCCGCCACGAACCCGAAGAAUGGCAAGGCGCAGAGUGGACCCGAAGUAGACCUGAGCAGAGGUCUAUCGCAGCGCCCGCCUUGGAUGUGCAGUCUUUGUAACGUUAAAGCCACGAGUAGGGAGGCGUUGGAUCUACACGCGCAGGGGAAGAAGCAUCGUUCUAGAUCCAAAGCUGCAGCAGCCAAGGACACGGCAUCGGUCGAUGCCAAGAAUGUUAAGGUAGAUACAAUGGAGGUGGAUAACAACUCUGCCGCAGUGGGGAAAGGUGUUGUUGAGGUUCCUCAUGUUGAUACGUCUAGUCAGUUACCCGAGAAGAAAAGGAAGAAUGAGCAACUCGAUGGAGCUGGUGAAAAUGAAGGGGAGUUGAAGGCCACGAGGAGAGACAAGAAAGCGAAGAAGGAAUCCCCUACAUCUGAUGUGGAUGACAAAGAUCAGGAAAAUGUGGCGGACUCAACAUGUAAGAAGAGGAAGCACGUGGAGGAGGAGCAGGAGACAACAACUGGACACGAGCUGAAAGGUAACGGGAAGAAGAGCAAGAAGAAGGAAAAGUUGUCCGAGUCUGGAGAAAAUGGGCACACUUCUGAAAAGAAUCAAGUAGCUGCCGAUGCCAGUCCCACCGAUCAGGAGGAGAGGAAGAAGGACAAGAAGGCCAAGAAGGGCAAGAGGCUGCAGGAAGAAGCUCUGAACGGGAACUGCUCUCCGCCAGUGGCCGAUGAAGACACCAACGAGGUAGUAGCGAUGAACGGGACUCUAUCCGUCCACGACCCAGAAUCGAGAGGAGAUUCUUCUGUUUCUCCUGUAAACGGCAAAAAGGUGAAGAAAGGAAAGGGGGCUAGUCUAACAGAGGAUCUUGUAACUCCUGAACCUGUGAAAAGUUCACAGGAAGACAAAUCCAAGAGUGGAAGAAAAGAAAAGCACAAGAAGUCUGAAAGCAAGGCCGGUUCCAAAGAUGAAACACCUAGAAAAGAAAAGGAGAAGGAAAGUAUCGUUCAUGAGGUUUCAUUUCGCGAGUGGCUGAGAGAGGACGACAACGGUGGCAAUGGAGGUACCCCGACACAUCCUCCCAUGGUUGAUAAGAGUGGAGAAGAAACCCCCACGGAACCGGCAGACGUAGACAACGAGCACACGCAAGCUGUGUCUAAAGUGGUCAAGUGGAAGAAAAUCAUCAGUGAAGCUCUUUUGAAGUCUCCAGAUGGGAGGAUGAAGAAGAAGGAUCUUAGUAAGGCUAUACUCGCCUUAGCAUUGAAGGCCGCCGAGUCCUCGACCAUCCCACUGGAUAAGAUUAUCCUGAAGGAAGAGCUCAUGAGACAGAUCAAUCGUAACCCAAAGUUCGUAUUGGAUGGCGAGCACGUCAUGCUGGCCCCGAGAGCAAAAUGAGGGGCCCUUUUCAAUUUUGGUAAAAUAUGACAGUUUAGUUUAGUCACGAAGUAGGUUAUAUUGAGUGUAUCACGAGUUUGGUUUCACAAGCUCUAGGCUACGAUUUGGAAUGAUAAAACUCCAGUUUUCAUGUCAUGAUGAUCUAUUGUCACCGUUUUUCAUCGCUCAAGUUGGCUUCUCUAUUCCACGACUCUU